AUGGCAAAGUUGUUCGACGCCGCGGAGGUCGCGAAUCACAAUACCCCAGACAGCUGUUGGGUUAUUCUGUACGGCAAUGUCUACGAUGUCACUGACUUCCUUACCUCUCAUCCUGGCGGCUCCAAAAUUAUCCUCAAGCUCGCCGGCCAAGAUGCAACUGAAGACUACGAUCCAGUUCAUCCACCUGGCACUCUUGAGGAAAACCUCAAACCAGAGGCCAAGCUCGGCCAGGUCAACCCGGAAACUCUUUCCAAGCCGGAGCCUACAGCAGCAGAAGUACCUUCAGACGACUACCGCCCACCGCUAGAGUCACUGCUAAACCUGGAUGAGAUCGAAGUAGAGGCAACAAAGAGGAUUCCCAAGAAGGCAUGGGCGUACUAUUUUUCGGCCAGUGAUGACUUGGUUUCCAAGACGUUCAACAACACCGUGUACCGCGAUAUCCUACUGCGGCCACGCAUGUUUGUCGACUGUACAGAUUGCGAUCUGUCAACAUCGCUACUUGGUCACAACGUUGGUGUUCCGUUCUUUGUGGCACCAGCUGCCAUGGCACGAUUGGCACAUCCCGAUGGCGAGCAUGGCAUCGCCAAAGCUGCUGCUCGUUUCAAUGCAUUGCAAGUCAUUUCAAACAAUGCGUCCAUGACCCCGGAACAAAUUGUGGAGGGCUCGCCUCCAGAACAGAUGUUUGGCUGGCAACUUUAUGUUCAAAACCAGCGGGAGAAGAGCGUGGCAAUGUUGAAACGAAUCAAUGCCAUGAAGGACCGCAUCAAGUUCGUGUGCCUAACACUAGAUGCACCAGUUCCAGGAAAGCGUGAGUUGGAUGAAAAAUCCAACUUUGACAGAGGCAAUAAUGUCCAAGCUGCAGUUUCCAACAGUGGUGACGCUCAGCGACCCGGUGGCGGCGGUGUUGGCCAACAGUUAUUCUUUGGAACCGCAAGCGACUUGACUUGGAAGACGACGCUGCCUUGGUUAGCACAGCAAACUGACCUGCCCAUUGUUCUCAAGGGAAUACAAACCCACGAGGAUGCCUAUCUGGCGGCCCAAUAUGCUCCUCAAGUCAAAGCUAUCAUCUUGUCCAACCAUGGUGGGAGGGCAAUGGAUACGGCCCCACCUGCUGUUCACACAUUGCUAGAGAUUCGCAAGUAUUGCCCGGAGGUAUUCAGCAAGAUUGAGGUUUGGGUCGACGGCGGUAUCAAGAGAGGGACGGAUAUUGUCAAAGCGUUGUGUCUUGGCGCGAAAGGAGUCGGUCUUGGGCGGGCGGCGCUCUUCGGUUUGGGAGCAGGAGGUCAGGCAGGCGUGGAAAGAACACUUGAGAUUCUCGCGGCUGAGACUGCCACCUGCAUGCGGCUACUGGGAGUCAAGAAGAUAUCGGAGCUAGGACCCAAAUUCAUCAACAGUCGUAGUGUGGAGAGAGAUAUCUAUGAUGGGGAACCUGGGCUGGACAAGCGGGGAUUGUGGACGAAGUCGAAACUGUAA